AUGUCGCUCGUUCGUCAGGCGGCGGCCGACACAAAUGAUCUCAGGACUCCAUUGCACGGUUUGCAUCUCAUACUGGCUUUGCCCGAAGCCUGUUCGGCAGUGCCCUUAAGGCUCUCGGAUGAAUGGCAAGGCGCGCUUUGUUGCGCAUUAAUUGGGAAUCAACCCACGUCCUCCGGCUACCGUAGUCCUUUGGCCUCAACCGCCUCGGUGGCAGCGGAGAGUGACGAGGAGUCUCCCUGGCCCAUGGCAAAACUCGAGCACACUCUGUUCGACGAAUGGAUAACUUCGCCAGAGGCGAAGGAUAUUCCAUGUGAGGUUGCCCAGGUGUUGCACGAGUAUCGAGCGGUUUUUCCCGAUACCUUACCUAAAGGAUUACCGCCGAAGCGCCCUCAUGAUCACCAUAUUCUCCUUGUGCCUGGAAAACUCCCAGCGAGAUCUGCAAUAUACCGUAUGACCCCAGAUCAGCUCACAUUCCACAAACAGGAGCUAGCUAAAUUAUCGGACAAUGGUAGGAUCGGCCCGACCUAUUCGCCUAUUUGCUCUCCUACAAUCAUGGUGGACAAACGUGAUGAUGACUCCGGGGAGCGGAAGAUGCGUAUGGUAGUUAAUUACCAGGCUCUGAAUGCCCUUACAGUAGCUCCUGAUUUUCCAUUACCUCCCAUUCAAACCACUCUGGAGAUGCUGGGAGGCGCCAAGUAUUUUUCCACCUUGGACCUUGAAGCAGGAUUCCAUCAAAUACGUAUGGCUAAGGAAGACCGAUGGAAGACGGCUUUUCGUUCCGUUCUAGGGAUAUCGAGUCAUGCCGUUUGGCCUUAA